GUGUGGAAGAGGAGAGGAAGACCAGGAGGGAGUGGGCAGAACGCGACUUCCAGCGCCAACGUGACUGCGUAAACGAUGUAUUGAGACUUCGCGAACGUGUGCUGGCUGAGAGAGCAGCCAAAGGAAGGGAUGCAGCCACCUCACACUCUGAUAUGGGUAUCUACGUUGAGGACAACGGCACAGAAAAACUCUAUGCUCUUACUCCUGCAGCUAAAGCGUGGGCCCAGAGUAGAGUCCGAAAGAUGAGGAAAGAUGCUGUGGAUCAAGUGACGGAUGAAGAGGAUCACUCAGGCCACAUAGAGAACGAUGUUAGUGGGAGUGAUACAAGUAUCUACCAGAGACAGAAGAACGAAAGCAGUGAAGAGGUUGUCAUAAAAGACGAAGCCUUCAGUAAACUUCUCGAGAACUUGUCUGAUGGAUCAGAGGACUCGGAAAAACUGGACGGCUUAACAGAAAAUUCCUCAGACCUCGAUGAAGCUGGUAGUCCUGUGCACCUUCAAAUUAAGGAAAACAAACAUUCCACUCAGGAUGUCGUAUCACAGGCUAAUUCCGAAGAUGUCAAAGACCUAGAGAAUAUUGACCGGACACAUGAUCCCAUGGGAGCUACAGAUGCCUUAAAAGAAUUGAUUGAUUUUGAAGACUUAGGAAAACCUACAUCACUGAGCGAUUCUGGACUACCAAAAAUUUCCAACACACGAGAUAUGCAAUAUGACUUCCAUCACGAGAACUCUUCUCAGAUAUCGAAGUCUGAGGAUUCAGGUGGAGAAAACUGCACUAACUGUUCCUCAGACUGCCCUCAUACAAGAGAACACGACCAACUAUUAUUUAAAAGCUGUCACAAUUUUCUUAAGAACUGCACUUCAGCGUCGAAUGAUGAGCAGAUCAAUACUAUUCCAAGAAUUGACAGCGAGGAGCUACUUGGCGUUAUUUGGGACACUGACGAAGUUGAAAACUAUCCAGCACAGUACGAGGUGGAUUCCAAUUCCGAAGGGCAGUCCUACCUGCGCCAGCUCGUCUCUGACCACAACUCACAUCCUCAGAACGAAUCAGACAUUGAGGAGAUUCUGGAAAAUAUGGAAUUCGAAAUAAACAAUUUGCAGGAUCUAUAUGAGCGUCACAACCUAGAAAUGGAGAGAUUCUCACAGGGAACACCAGACAACAGCGAGCCAGAGGCUGACGAUGACGUGGAAGAAAUAGUAAACAAUGGCAUGUUGAGGAACAUGAAUGGUAUUGAUAAUAAUAAUGAAGCAGAUCCUGUGAGAGUUCCUGUGUUCGGCGAGAGGUGGGUGGAGGAUGCUAGAAGGAUCAUGGAGGCCGGUGACUGGCAAGAGGAGCUGGAGAGCUCCAGUAACACGUCCGAAGAGGAAGAGAGUGCAGAUGAGCUUAUCAUAGAAACUCCAGAAGAAACCAGUUUGGUUGAGGAAGAGUCAAGCCUGACUGAUGAAGACAGUCAUGAAAGCAUUUUUGAAGAGGAGAGUGUGAAUUCUGUUUCCCCUGUGUUUGACAGGAACGAACUUCAAGAACUUCUGAAAUAUAACCCACCAUCAGUGAAAGGUCCGGCUUUUAGUCAAACUGUCGACUGUGAAGUGUUUAAACCAAAGCCAAAACUUGAGGAUUCAGAGACAAAUUCUUCAUGUUCCAGCCUCAGCCAAGCUUCCCUGCCAGACUCUUUAACAACUGAGAGUUUCGAAGUAGUGAAGUCUACUAAUUAUACCCACAGCACAAGUCACAGCUUAGAGGGAGUGCAGUUUUCUGGUCAAACCCACAACACGAACAGUUCAACUAGUUCUUCGCACGACUCUGAAGCUGCAACAUUUGAUCUGAACACAACAUCUCAGCAGGCAAUAUUUUCCUCUCAUGAUUCUCAGCUCCCAGCAUCUUGUAACAAGAAAAUGCCUCAGUUGACUGCAGACGAAUCCACCGACGGUCCAUGCCACGCACAGUCUAGUAGUGGUCUACUCGUCUCCACACAAGAGAAAACAAGAGAAAGAGAGACGAGGGAAGAUACAGAUAAGGUGCGACCCGUAACGAGGGACACUACAACCCUAACAGGAGGCUGGACACCUGGCCGGCAUCAGGACUCAAUCUUCAGUACCCGUGACGCCCUCAGGAACUCCCACGAGGCCUUCGUUAGAGGACGCAACAUCAGAAGCUUGUUGUUCACUGGAGAAGAUGACGAUGUUCAAGCAGCGGUGAAACCUGUGGUGCUCUCUUCUGCAAGUCCCGCCUCCCAGGUAUACAAUCCCAUCUUCCAGGUAUACAGUUCCACCUCCCAGGUAUACAGUUCAACCUCUCAGGUAUACAGUCUCAUCUCCCAGGCACACAUUUCCACCUCCCAGGUACACAGUUCCGUCUCGCAGGUACACAUUUCAUCUCCCAGGCACAAAGUUCCAUCUCCCAGAUACACAGUUCCACCUCCCAGGUACACAUUUUCAUCUCCGAGGUACACAGUUCCAUCUCUCAGGUACAGAGUUCCACCUCCCAGGUAUACAGUUCCACCUCCCAGGUAA